AUGAGAAAGCACACGACUAUUGUGUUACCGGCGACGAAUGUGGAGCAUCACGAGGCUUUGGUUGAUAAUGAAGUCCUUGCUGCUGCUGCCCGACUAAAAUUAUUGCAAAAUCACUGUUCCACGGUCUCUAAGACCUCUGCCCUCCUCAAUACGCGCUCACAUCAUGUUUCUGUCGUACAACCUCCACUAACCUUAAGGGAGAAAUUGCACGCCCUCCGUAAAAAUAGGUCAACACGAGCUCGUCUUUUCCACCUCAUCAUGGUGGUUGUUCUUGUCUUCAUGCUCAUCCUAUUCGUACCAGCGUACGUUUUCAUGCGACUCGAACCAGACUGGAGCUACCUUGACUCUGUCUACUUCUGCUUCAUCUCCCUCACAACUAUCGGAUUUGGCGAUUUUGUUCCCGGUAGAGGGGCUCUAAAAGGGCACACCUCAAACAGUACACAGUCAUACAAGCUGGCACACGAAGUCUAUAACAUUGCAAUCGUCGUUUACCUAGUUGUUGGAACCACAAUGCUUAUGUUGUUGGUUCGAGUGUAUCGUGAAAUGAUGGAGGUGGAGCGAAGAAUCAAACGUGAUCGUCUGAUUUUGAAGCUGCAGCAUUCCCUAACCGAUCCGAACAUGACCCUUUCCAACACACCUCUGUGCAUUCCUCCUUAG